AAAGGGAGGAACUGCUCCGAGUUUCAAACGAACUCAAUCACAACCAGUCAAAGUCGUGAAUGUUUACUUGUCCUCUGAUUAAAAAGGGGGGAAUGCUACUUUCCUAAAAGUUGUUGCAACUUUUUGCCCUGCGAGAAAAGAAAAUCGUAGUUAACCAAGUUAAUCAUGGAAUAAUAAGCAGUUUGUACUUCAAGACGUCUAUAGCCAGCAGAAGGUUUUUAAAAGUAACGGAAGUCUAGUCUAUCUUUUUUUAAUCUCUAUGGUUACGCAAGUGACGUAUUUCGGGCGUAGUCGGGAAAGACCGACUUCGAUGAGGGGACGCUAAGAUGGCGGCGGCUGGAGGCGGAGGGGAUAUGGACAUUGGAGGACAUGGCGGCUCAGAAAAUAGUGUUCUUGCUGCGGAAGGCGAGGCGGGAACGGACGAGGAGCCUGACUCGGAGGUGUUUUCGUGCGUGGCUCACUGCUCCGAGCUGGCUUGCCGACAGAACGAGCAACGCCGGUUGGGCCUCUUCUGUGACGUCACGUUGGCCUUCGGCGGCGGGAGCAACAGUGAGGAGGGGGAAGUGGGCGGGGCCUCUCCCCACCCGGACCCGCCUCCCCGGGAGUUCCGCGCGCACCGCUCGGUCCUUGCCGCCGCCACCGAAUAUUUCGCGCCUCUCCUUUCGGGUGACUUCGCCGAGUCCCGCUCGGGUCGUGUGGAGCUGCGCAAAUGGAGCUCCGAAACUGGACCAGACCCGGAAACGGUGGAGGCCGUCAUCAGUUUCAUGUAUACGGGCCGUGUCCGUGUCAGCCCCAGCAACGUCCACGAGGUUCUGGAGCUGGCUGACAGGUUUUUAUUGAUUCGUUUAAAAGAGUUCUGUGGAGAAUUCCUCAAGAAGAAACUGAGCCUCUCUAACUCUGUAGCCAUUCAUAGCUUAGCUCAUAUGUACUCUUUAAACCAGCUGGCUUUGAAAGUUGCUGACAUGAUCAGGAGGAACUUUUACAAAGUAAUCCAAGAUGAGGAAUUCUACACUUUGCCAUUCCACCUCAUCAGAGACUGGCUUUCAGAUGCUGAAAUCACAGUAGACUCAGAAGAAGUUCUGUUUGAGAUGGUCUUAAAGUGGGUUCAGAGGAAUCCUGAUGAAAGAGAGAAGUACUUUGGGGAGCUAUUUAAACUUCUCCGGCUAUCUCAGAUGAAACCCACUUAUUUGACCCGGCAUGUCAAAUCUGAAAGGCUUGUAUUUAGCAAUGAAGCAUGCCUCGGACUUGUGUCAGAAGCAGUGGAAAGCCAUGCUCUCAGGGCUGAGAAUUUGCAGUUAGGAACCCUGCAACAGAUUACUUGUCCCACAACAUCACAGCCUCGUUUUGGGCAAAACAUGGAUGUGAUCAUGGUCAUUGGUGGUGUGUCUGAGGGAGGUGAUUACUUGAGCGAGUGUGUUGGUUAUUUUAUUGAUGAAGAUAGGUGGGUGAAUUUGCCACACAUACAUAAUCAUCUUGAUGGACAUGCUGUUGUAGUGACAGAAUCCUAUGUCUAUGUAGCAGGUUCUAUGGAGCCUGGUUUUGCCAAAACUGUGGAAAGAUAUAACCCAAAUCGAAAUGUUUGGGAGCAGGUUUCUAACCUGAUAACCAGGAAGCAUUCUUUUGGCCUUGCUGAGGUAAAAGGGAAGCUAUAUAGCAUUGGUGGGCAUGGAAAUUUUAUCCCUGGCUUCAAAGAUGUAGCAGUCUACCAUCCAGAUCAAGACAAGUGGCACAACUUGGAGUCGGCACCAAAGAUACUCCGGGAUGUUAAAGUGAUCACUGUAGAUGACAGGUUUGUUUACAUGGCUGCCCGCACACCUGUUGAUGGGGAUAAUGAAGAAGGCUUAAGGGCUGUCAUCAUCCGAUAUGAUGCAGAUACAGGUCAGUGGCAAGAUACUAAAACGUUGCCACUCCCUGAUAACUAUUGCUGCUUUCAGAUGGCUGUGGCAAAUACCAAUUUUUAUCACACUGCCUCUUGUUGUCCCAGAAGCUACACACUCGACCAUGAAGAGAUGAAAAGGAAACACUCUGGUCAGGUGUCUGAUGACAUUCUGGAAAGCUUACCCCCAGAGGUGCUUAGCAUUGAAGGGGCAGCAGUGUGCUAUUACAAAGAUGAUGUCUUCAUCAUAGGUGGCUGGAAAAACAGUGAUGACACAGACAAACAAUACAGGAAAGAAGCCUAUCGCUACUGUGCUGAGAGGAAACGCUGGCUGCUACUCCCUCCUAUGCCCCAGCCAAGGUGUCGUGCCACGGCUUGCCAUGUGAGAAUUCCUUUUCGUUCUUUACAUGGUACCCAACGAUAUCCAAUGCCACAAAACCUAAUGUGGCAGAAAGACCGGAUCCGUCAGAUGCAGGAGAUACACCGUCAUUCCUUAAGUUUGCGGAGGUUGCCACGAUCUCAGAUAGAGUGCUAACCUGAAUAAAUAGAUUUUGAGAAAAGCCUGCGUGUUGACAUGCUCAGCAUAGUCUCCUAACAAUCACUUACAUUGCUCUUUUUAGUCACUGGGGGUAUUGAAGGAGAUCUGGCCUCCUGCGUGUUAAAUAGUUUGCCAGGAUUGCACGCAGAAGGAGCACUUAAGGUGUACUAGCCAUAAUGUGAAGGUAGGCUCGCUUACAAAAUCUCCAAAGAUUUAGUUUCCCCUACAGAUGACAUGUAAAUAUAAAUGCAGGAAUUUGUAGAUGUGUCCGGGAUGUAUGAAUAUUCAACAUAGCCUCUCCCCUCUCUUUCCAGGAGUUUCUGUCAAAGGCUAUUUGUUCUAGUUAUGUGUAUGAGACAAUUCUCUAUGUAUUGGGGCUUCUCGCCCAUCUUAAGUCAUUUAUACUGUCUGUAUGAAGUAUAAACAUACCCCUGUAUAUAAGGAGUAAAGCACAAACUUUCAGAAAACUUCAUAACGUUCCAUGCUUACAAAUAUUUUGUAAUUGUAUUUAUCUAGAAACAUGAGUUUACUAAGAGGAUAUUACUAAGAACGGUUGAUUUUAAAUUUUCAAUCAUAUUGAAAGUUGAGGAUUGCGCUAUAAUUUACCAGACUGUAUCUUUCUACUGUGGAGUAGUCCCACUGUUUUUUUAAAAAAUGCAUAUUGCAUUAAUGAUUCAGGUUUGUGGCCUUAAAAGAAUGAAUGGAAAGACCAAAAAGAUCAACACUUUAAAUCCAAAUUCAUAAUAUUGAAGGAAUUAGGUGUUCCUCAGUAUAGAACAAAGGUGAAUGAUCUCUGAGUAUGUAUUCAGGCAAGUAAUCAGAGUGCAAUUAGAGAAACAAAACAGUCAACCUGCCUUUGACAAUCAAAUCUCUUUGCCUUCAUGGUAUGCCAUUCAUUAUUUGGACUAUGUUUGAGUACUUGAGACUUCAGUUGACUGAAAAUGUUGCCUCAGUUUUUGAUAGUAAAAAUCCUUAUUCAUCCAAUGUCUUAAUAGAAUUGUGGCAGCAAGUAAAAUUUAUUAUCACCAUAAUUUUUUGGGAGAUUCUUUGCUGCUUUUCUCUCUUAAGACAGUAAGAUUCUGCUUUCUAGAGUGGUGAUUAUUUGAUAGUCCAUGUUCAGAAAAAUUAUAUUUUUAUUGGACCAAUUUAGCGAUAUGUUUAAGCUUUGGAAAAUCAUAGAAUUCUUUGGUCUCAGUGCAUGGUAGAGGAUUUAUCAAUUCAUUUACACUAAGUUUGUCCAACAAAAUGUUACAUUUUACUUUCAUCAGUUGUUACCUUUUGACCUGAACAUAGACCACCUGUACUGAUGCAUUACUUGGUUCUCCAAAGAAGAUUUCUCUCUGCCUGCUCACUCUCCUGGUGCCCCAAUACAUCUUAGUAGUUUUGAUCCUACUUUUAAUUUUCACUGUGUUAAAUUGCACCAGAGCAAUUGCCCACGUAAGCUAAUUUGUUUCAUCUCAUAAAAGCUUUUGGAGGCAUUUGUGUUCCUCUCCCACCCCGUGUCCUCUGGUCUAGUCAGAGUUGCUCAAGGAGUGGCAAGGGCAGUAAUGACACCGGGAGGUUCUCAAGUGAGAUCAAAACCUCACCAUUGUAGCCACAGGGUUCUUGUGGAAUGCCUGGAAUAACACCCACACCCAAUCUAAAAGUAGCUUUCUACAAAGAAUGGAUCCUGUUAUUCUUGGAAGCCUUUCACGGCCGAGAUCUGAUGGUUGUUACAGUUUUUUGGGGCUUUUUGGCCGUGUUCUGGAGGUUUUUCUUCUUAA